UUUUGUUUCAUUGGGUGCAACCUGCUUGCAUGUGACAGAAUAUCAAUGUUAGCUGUGAAUCAUUUACUUGUAAGGUUUGAGUCAAUGCCAUAUAUGGACACUUAUCGAGAGAUUAAUUUGCAUAAUGUAGUUCCGUCAAUUGGUCAUGCGAUUGUUGGGUGUGGCAGCUGCAGUGCUUCAGUGUCGCCUUGGAUGUCUCUGAAUCAACCUGCUUCAAACUUAACUGACUUCCAUUUGUGGCUGGGUGAUCCAAAGUACCAUGGCUGCACAAUCUGAAGCAGCCUGCCAGACUGAUGUCCCUACCAUGAUGCAACAGGAGGCACAGGUACCCACCCCCUCAGCUACAACAGAUUCCCCACAACGAACUGGAGCCAUCCGAAAGAUCGGCACAGUCAGUGGUAGCAACAAUCCUACCAUUGUUGGUUCAAAUGUAGUCAACUUCUACAGCUCCGCGUCGGAUGGAGCAGGAGUACUUCCACAGAGUCGGAGACCAGACCAAGAACCAAGAGUGGGGGAUCUCAACCAAGAAGUUGGUAACAAGACCAGGGACAUUUUGAGGAAAUGGUACAAGACAACGCGCAGUUAUGUUCAGUUGAACCCUGGGGUUCCUGGCGAUCAAAGACCCAUUGUUGGCAUUUACACUAAAUUGCGGGUUAGAACAAAGAAAGGUUCUGUAGAAGAAGAAUACUCUGACGAAAAUGUAUAUUCUACAGAGUAUGACAAGAUAUUUCAAGAUUGGCCCGAGACUGAGUUCAAUCGUGCUAUUUUAUUUGGCAUUGGUGGUGUCGGGAAGUCAACCAUUUUUGACAAGAUUGCAUAUGACUGGGUUGAUGAGACAUGUGAAUUCCUGAAGAGAUUCAAGCUUGUCUUUCUUUUAAAGAUGUGUGCCCUGUCUCAAGAAUCUGAUCUAGUUGCUUCCAUUUUUGAUCAACUUCUUGGCGAAACAUCUGGAGUAACCAAAAUUGAACUUCAUAAAUUCAUUCAGGCCAACUCAAAUAAGGUCUUGAUUCUUUUGGAUGGUUUUGAUGAAAUGAGGACCAAAACAUUUGAUGCAGCCUCAUUCGGGUCUAUCCUCAAAGCACUCAAUAGAACAGCAUACAGGGAUUGCUUCAUCUGUGUUGCAACUCGCCCCUCUCAUCUUGAAACACUGAUGUCAAAAUCACUUGUCCAAAAUCCUUGCACACACAUAGAGGUUCUGGGGUUUACUGAUGAGGAUGUCAAUGAAUACAUUCGGAAAUUCUAUUACAAAGAUCCUGAUAGUGGCAAUGCACUAAUUCAACACAUUGCAAAGUCAAACACGGUGCAUGAUUUUGCAAGUAAUCCAAUGUUUCUUCUUCUCAUAUGUUUGUUGUGGAGGGAGAAAAAACAACUCCCCGAAACAACUUCACGCCUCUUCACUGAGGCAGUUGAUAACAUGUUUACAAGAAAAGGAUAUAGCUCUGAAAAUGCAUCAAAAACAGUGAUUGCUGUAGGAAAAACUGCACUGAGUGGAUUCAUAAGUGCCGACCAGAAUUUCUCAUUUCAAAAAGAUGAGUUUGAACAAAAUGCGCUGGACCUGGCACUGAAAGCGGGCAUCCUAACCCAGGAGAGAGUUAUCAAAAACCUCAAAUGCCACAACAACAUACAAUUCAUGCACAAGACUAUUCAGGAAUACUGUGCUGGGAAAUACUUGCAAAGGGUACAUUUGUCAAGCCGGGGAUUUGUAAAGCGUACGGCGUACAAAGUUGUACCACUGGGAAAGUUUCAAAAACAAUUAAGGCAACUUUGCCAGUCAGUUGAGAGCAUUGUUUCAAAUGAGUUCCUUUUACGUUUUUGUUGUGGUGACAAUAAAAAGUGUAUGACAGACAUUGUAACCUUGCUUGAACGUAAAUUCAAGGAGCAAAAUAAGCCCGGGUGCAUGUACCAAAAAGCUGUUACACAAGCUAUCAGUAGACAAUGUUUUUUUGAAAGCCAAUCCAAAAAGGUCCCACGGUGUCUCACCAGCAACUCACUCAUCCCAUCAGAUAUCGAGGUGGAUAACAAUACUGAUUUCCGCAUUCUCAUAUACCUUCUUGAAAUCAUCUGUAGGUCAGAAUUCCAGGUGUCUCAACUGGCAUGCAUUGAAACCAUGAAGGUCUCUAAGGUGUCUUCAGUCAGUGGUUUAGCCUUUGCCAUGGGUUACAUGGAAAACCUCAGGGGUCUGACGCUCGACUGUACUUUAGGGAAGGGUGAGCUUGAGAAAUUCCUGUCAUCACUGAAAUGCAACUAUCUCUUGACCAGUCUUGACAUAUAUCAUUGCCAUACAUUGGGAGGUAGAGCUGUAGUAUGGGCCCCUCAUAUCAAACACUUGACAAGCCUUGAGAAACUAAAAGUAAGAAGGUGCGAACUUCAGAGCACAGACAUUGAACACAUUGCCUCGGCUGUAGGUGACAUGCCCAAACUGACUGACUUAAAUCUUAAUAGCAACAAUUCAUUGGGUGAAUGUGCUGCAGUGUGGGCCAAGGAAUUGCCAAAAAUGAUGCACUUAAAUAAGCUGGACCUGGGCAAUUGUGAUUUGACACAGUCAGACAUUCCACACAUUGCCUCAGCUGUAGGUAACAUGCCCAAACUGACUGACUUGGAUCUUCGUAGCAACGAUUCAUUGGGUGAAUGUGCUGAAAUGUGGGCCAAUGAAUUACCCAAAAUGAUGCACUUAACUAUGCUGAACCUGGGCAAUUGUGAUUUGACACAGUCAGACAUUCCACACAUUGCCUCGGCUGUAGGUAACAUGCCCAAACUGACUGACUUGGAUCUUGGUAACAACGGGUCAUUGGGUGAAUGUGCUGCAGUGUGGGCCAAGGAAUUACCCAAAAUGAUGCACUUAACUAUGCUGAACCUGAGCAAUUGCGAUUUGACUCAGUCAGACAUUCCACACAUUGCCUCGGCUGUAGGUAACAUGCCCAGACUGACUGACUUGGAUCUUAGUAACAACGGGUCAUUGGGUGAAUGUGCUGUGUUGUGGGCCAAGAAAUUACCCAAAAUGAUGCAAUUAAAUAAGCUGAACCUGAGCUGGUGCAAUUUGACACAGUCAGACAUUCUAUACAUUGCCUUGGCUGUAGGUAGCAUGCCCAGACUGACUGAGUUGGAUCUUUGUUUCAACUUGGCAUUGGAUGGAUGGGAUAAGUUACAGUCCUUCUUUUCAUCACUUGGGGUUAUAUUUUAAUUCUCCCUCGCCAAGCUCGCUCGAGAAUUACAUGUACUAGGCAUAACAAUAUCAAAAUGAUAACAUUCUCCAUAAAAGGAAAUGAAAUUUACAAGAAAAUCAACAAACUUAGAGAGCCUAAUGUUUCAAUCCUAAGCAGGACCAUUCUCAAAGGCAAACAUUGUAAGACAUUCUUGAUGUAGGUCAGUAGGGUCGCACAACAUGUAAGACAAUUAGCUGUUCACUAUCUACGUAAAACAAUAACGAAGAAUGUGAAAUUCAGGAAUUGUGCAAUGAAAAAAAACACCAACAAACAAACAAACAAACAAACACCCCCAAGAAACCUAACAAAAAAACCCACAAAAACACAGAUAAUUAAAAUAUGUGUCAUUC